CGGGGCGGGGCCCGGACCCCCUCUCGCCCCGCCCCGCAGCGGAGACCAUCCCAGCACAGGCUGUCCAAUGGCGGGUAGCGGGCGGGGCCCGGCACACACCUGCCACCGCCUGGUCUAGGACCAGGCGCGGGAGCCAGUCAAGAACUUGGAAGUCAGAACCCAACCAUCCAAGAUGCUGAGCUCUUCCCAGAGCCCUCAGAAUGGCAUCUGGACGGAGCCCUUCUCUCUGCUUUUGGGUGUUGGCGCUAUCCUCUACUUGGGCUACUACUGGACAUGUGUGCCCCAGAGGCCUCAACUGGUGACCGGGCCCUGGUUUCUGGCCUUCCUGGAGCAACACUGUCCAGUCACUCUGGAGACUUUCUACCCUACGCUAUGGUGCUUUGAGGGGCGGCUACAAACCAUCUUCCGAGUCUUACUGCAGUCUCCGCCUCCAGUCCCUUACUGGAGCGAAGUCCUCCAAACCCCAGAUGGAGGACAGUUCCUGCUAGACUGGGCUAGCCCACACGACAGCAGUCAAUACCCUGACCCCAUUACCCGGCCCACUGUAUUACUGCUUCCCGGUAUCACAGGCAGUAGCCAGGACUCCUACAUCUUACAACUGGUUAACCAAGCUCUGAGGGAUGGCUAUAGAGCUGUUGUAUUUAAUAACCGAGGCUGCCGUGGGGAAGAACUGCUGACCCACAGGGCCUUUUGUGCCAGCAAUACUGAAGAUCUGGAGAUGGUCGUGAACCACAUAAAGCACCGCUAUUCCCAAGCUCCACUCCUGGCCGUGGGCAUCUCUCUUGGAGGGAUAUUAGUGCUGAACCACCUAGCACAAACAGGGCAAGACUCAGGGCUGGUGGCAGCACUGACUCUGUCUUCAUGCUGGGAUUCCUCCGAGACCACUCGCUCCCUGGAGAGCCCACUCAAUUCACUACUCUUCAACCAGCGCCUUGCUGCUGCGCUCUGCAACAUUGUGAACCGAAACAGAAAGGUGAUAGAAAAGGUGGUGAACGUAGACUUUGUGCUACAGGCCCGCACAAUCCGCCAGUUCGAUGAGCGCUACACAGCUGUGGCCUUUGGAUAUCAAGACUGCAUUACCUACUACCAAGCAGCAAGCCCAAGAACCAAGGUAGAUGCCAUCCAGACCCCUGUGCUCUGCCUCAAUGCAGCUGAUGACCCCUUCUCCCCAGUCCAUGCCCUUCCUCUACAGGCUGCCCAACACUCGCCUCAUGUUGCCCUGCUCAUCACAGCCCGGGGUGGCCACAUUGGCUUUCUGGAAGGACUGUUCCCCUGGCAGCACUGCUACAUGAACCGCCUCUUGCAUCAGUAUGCCAAAGCCAUCUUCCAGCACCCAGUGGAGCUGCUCAGUCUCAGAGAGCUCUCACCUUCUGAGGGAGGCAAGAGCUGA